CUUACUUUUUGGAGAGUAACGUUGCUUUGUUUAUAAAUUUCUACGAGAUGAAUAUGCAUGAAGCACAGAGUUCAUGACCUUUAAAGUUCUCUUGAUUGACCUCUUAGAGCUGAACGAGAGAUUUAAUUAUCACUGAUACCCAAACUGGAUGAAUGCAGCAGCUACUGCGGAUCCAUCCCACCGUUGUUUCACCCUACACGCCUUGUGAAGGGUCAGGAGACGGAUCGGCUAGGCUAGGUGAAAGGAGGUGACAGAGGGCGGGACACGGCUUGCUCAGAGAUGCAAGAGGAGGGUAGAGCACACUAUCUCAAGCAUCACCUUGGGAGUGUCAGAGGUGUAGCUUUCUGUCCUAAGGAUAGGUAUCUCUUCUGUUCAGGAGCAUUUGAUGGCAGAGUGAACCUAUACACAGCACAGAAAUGUGCCUUGCUUCAAAGCUACUCUGUGACAACAUUUAGUCUUGCCAGAAACAUCAAUGCUGUGAGGUUCACUUGUGAUGGAAGAAAGAUUUUGGCCACCACAACCGCAGGACGGCUGGCAGUGGUGGAUGUUGAAACAGGAGCCCAGCUGUUGACAUACGAUAGCUGUGCUUUUAAUGGCCGAGAUAGAACUGGAUUAGCAGUGGAUCCCAAGUGCCCUCACACUGUUGUUUGUACCUGUGUCAAUGGAAAGGGAUUGGCAGUAUUUGACCUCAGAAUGUCAAUUCCACUAUUAUAUGUCUAUGAUUUACAUUGUGAUGUCAUCCGUGAUGUCAGCUUUCUUUCCGAUAGCUGGCCUUGGUGUUCAGGGGAAACUACAUUUGUAACUGCUUCAAUAGACGGCCAUGGGAAGGUUGUAACAAUAGAUGGUCGUACCCUCCUAGACAUUCCUGCUGGUGCUACUCUCCAUUCAGUAUCCCCUACCCCAGGCCCCUACAAUGCAAUGGCUGAAGAUGGGUUCUCAAGUGUAAUUAUGCUCGGUGGAAGUGAAGUUUGUGCCUACUUGCCAGAUGUUGGUGUCCAAGAGACACUCAGAGAGAAUGGUGAUGAAUCAAUAUGGAAAAUCAGGUAUACAUCAAAUGGCAGUAUGUUGUAUACAGCAUGUGAAAAGGGUGUUAUAAGAAGAUAUAGACGUUAUCCUGAUUAUCAUAAGUACCUGGGAGAAGUAUUCAGACACAAAGCUGACGUGCAAGACAUGGAUAUAUCUCCCUAUGAUGAAUAUUUAGUUACAGCAUCCAAAGAUCGUUCAGUAGGCGUGGUCAGGUUAGGUUUACCCAAUCAUGGAGGUACAGAAUACAGCGAGCUGACGUGAUUGGACGACUGGCCCUCGGUCCUAGCUAGCAGCAUUCCUACUUUUUGUAUAUGUUUGUACAUAACAUUCUAUUGAUGCAUCUGGACUAUGAAGGCUUAGUGCAACUCAAGGAGGAAGGUGUACAUUGAGAAGAUGGAGACUUGUAGAUGGAGGCCCACUGUGUCCUAUUAUCUGAGGCACGUCAUACUUAAUUGAUAAAGGCUCGAGAGCAUCUAUUUAACAAAGACUUAGUGCAUCUAUUCGGCAGAGACUCGGUGCAUCUAUUUGACAGACCUAGGUAGAGGCUUAGCGCAUCUAUUGAAUAGAAGCUCAAUGCAUCUAGUGGAUUAAAAACUCAGUGCAUUUAUUUGAGGGAUGAUCAGGGCAUCUAAUAGAGGCUCAAUGCAUCUCGUGGAUAAAAAACUCAUUGCAUCAUAUCUGAAGCUCGGUGCAUCUAUUUGAUGGAGGCUCAGUGCGUCUAUUUUAGGGAUGCUCGGGGCAUCUAAUUGAGGCAUAAGUGCAUCUAGUAGAUUGAGGCACGUUGCAUUGUAUUUGAAGCUCGGUGCAUCUAUUUGAUGGAGGUUUGAGGGAUACUCAGGGUAUCUAAUAGAAGGCACAGUACAUUCACAUUUUAUUGAUGGGGGCUCAGCUCAUGUGCAUUUUUUUGUAGUUGAUCCCUACCUCUGUACUCAUUAAUGUCUUCUUGUCGUCAUAAGAUGUGGUUUUCUUAUUUUGGAUUAGGAAGGGAGGGAAAGUGCAACGAUACUCAUUUUGUCAACCAAACUAUAGGAUAUGAAUCUGUGUACAACUCAAUUUAUGAGGAGAUUGAAAGGAACUGUAAUUUUUACUGAUUAGAUUCACUGUAAGACUGCAAGUCUUUAAGUAAAGGGAAACUGCAAGAUUUUAAGUAAAGGGAAACUAGAUGCUUUCUUAGAAUUUUUUGAGGAUAUGAAGGAGUGUUUAUAGUAUCUGGUAUUCUAUGAAUGAGUUUCUAUGACAAACGAUUGUCAAAGGAAACAAAAAUUGUGAUCUCCAUAGACAGGUGGUCUUUUUAUACAGGUGGUCACUAAAGCAGGUUUCACUAUUUAAUAUAUUCUUAUCUGAUUACUGGGAAUUGGUCAGAGCAUACUUUGAACUUUAAAUGGGUAUGAGAAAUACUAUUAUUUGCAUUUAUUUAAUUUGAGUCUUUUAGUAAGAGAAACGAUUGUCAUUAUUGGGAGAAUAACAAUUUCAGCAUAUGUUGAUGAUUUUUUAAAUCUAGUUUUCUGUUGUUACCACUUUAGAAGCAAAUGAUAUUCAUUCCUUGUGUGUAGGGCUGUAAGCACCAUUUGAAGUACCGGUAAUGGUAUCCCAUAGAAAAUGCUUAGAUCACCCAGUGUGAGCAUAUAAGAGGGAAACAAAAUGUAAAUGCUUAAAGCAAUUCACUGAUUAUUGCAAAUAAUUAAUUCAGGUUUAAUAAACUGUGACCAAAGUCUCAGCCUUUGAAGAUGAGCAUUUUCUGCAAUGCCUCUUGUAGUUUAUGAUAUUUCUUUGGUUUAAUAGUAAGAGGAAAUAUUGUCAAAUUUCAAUAUAGCCCAGUAUGUCACUGCUAGCUUGGUUUUGCAAGUGCCUUUAUUUAGGAGAAGUUGCAUGGCAAUGUAAAAUCUAACAGUGCAUGUAGGGAAAUAGUAAAUUUAUUUGCUUGAUUUGAUUGUAAACGUCCAGAAAUGGCUCUGUGCAAUUUUGAAUGCUGCAUGUUUGUCCCCAUUUUACAAAGUGACAAUUCCAGCCUUCUCUGAGGAUAUGAGUGUGCAUGAAGAUUUCAUCCUGUAUUCCAGCCGUAUUUAAAUAAUAUUUAUCGUUUAUCCAAUUUUUAGUAUUUUUGUGUUUUAUUAAUAUAUUCACUGGUUGUGGUGGGAAAUUAAUCAGUGCUUUUCAAUGUUCCCCCUUAUCCUUUAUAGAGUCCUUUGAGUUUGGAUGAUUGUUUUCAGUUGUGGUAUCAUGUGCUCAGGGCCAGAAUAGCAUUAACCCACAUCUGACCUUGAAAUUAUCAAUAUAUGAUACACGUAUCUUCCCUGCAAUUCAUGGACAGAUAGUAGAGGGUUUGGGUAAUACUUUCUUUGGGGUUUGGUCUAUUAUUAUAUGUUUUAACUUCAACCAAUUUUUGUGUCUCAUUUUACCUGUAAAGUGCAGCUUCCUGACCCCACACCUCUUUAUUAAAAAGGAUUGUCUUAUUUAAUGAAAAAUAUGACCCCUUGAAUAUAUAAGAGUAACAAAAACUGCCUUAACGUUAUCACGAUUGUUGAAGUAUAACCUAGUUCAAGCUAUUAUAUGAAGUAUAAGAAUAGAAAAAAAAUGUAGUAUUCUUGGAACAUGAUUUAACUAUUAACUCUUUGGUUUACAGUUUCAUCAUAUUGGAAGGAGGGUAGUCCUGAAAAGGAGAGUUGGGUUUAAAGUGGAUAGAUAAAUACAGAAAUAGGAAGGGAGAAGCAGUAUUUUCUUUUGGUAUAAGAAGGACUUCUUGUGGGUGGAAUGAUUGAGAGAGACAUGUUACAACAAACAAUCCAAUUUGUCUGGUCAAACUUUUGUUCAACUCGCGACGCACUUGUUUACCAAGAUGGUUUGGACAAUACAAGGAUUUAAUAAAAUGAGCUAAAUUCCUUGGUCCCAACUUUGUUCCAUGGUAUUUUGACAACCGUUUGAAAAUUUCUAUCAAGAUUUUGCUGAUCCUGAGGAGUAGGGAAUUGUUUUCUCUAAAACUGAAAUAUAUGUAAUCACCCUUUUCCAAUGUGAAUAGAUAUUGAAAAUUUAAAUUAUUCUUUAUGUCAAGUAUUCAAUUAUUUGCUUAUCUCUGAGAAUGAAAUUUGUAGAUGACACCUAGUGCAGGGCUUUAAGAAUGGGUCAUAAUUUGUGUCUUUUUAGCUAUAGGGUCAAUGAUGAUGACCAAUACACAACACAAGAAAGGUGGGAUUUGACCAACACUAUGGUAUGGUAUGGUAUUUAUUCCAUUCUUCAUUUAAACAAGUGACUAAAGUGUCAGCAUGCAUGUAUUGUACAUGUUAUGAUUUGUACAUGUCAUAUUCCAUAUGCACUGGAAUCAAAGAUCUGAUAGUAAUUUCUUUGUUUGGUGCAAAAGCAGAUACAUCCACGAGAUUUUCUCAAGUUUGCAGAUCUGGACCACAAUGGUCCUGGCACUAUGAACAUGACGGACAAAGAAAGUGGACAAAAUAUUCUGUUCUUCAGGUAGACAAGGAACAUCCCUUCACUGCUAUUAUGUAAAAAGUGAAUAUGCAUGUGACACCUGUUCUACAUAUGUUUACAUAAUACCAGUGAAGGGAUGUUCCUUUGUAUACCUGAGGAACCGUAUAUUUUGUCCGCUUUCUUUGUCAGUCAUGUUCAUAGCGUGGAAUUCACUGUAAAUUUGGUCCAUGGAAUGGAUACCAUUUUCUUUAUUUAUUCCAGGGGUCUUUUGCUACAGAGAUCUUGGUUGUGUCUCAAAAUUAGCUAAAUUGUUUCCCUCUGCUCAUUCUGUUAGUAUGCUUCAGUGUCGUGCAAUGGUAUUGAGUGAAACUUCUACAAUUAGGAUUUACUGGAAAGUUUGUAUGUUUUAAAUCAAAUUGUAUUUAUGUAAACGUUUUGAACCUCAUCUGAUCAUGAUCAUCAUCUGUUUGAAUGGUCUGAUGUAGGGGAAUAUCUGCAGUUUUCAGUAUGUAGAAUGCAUUGAAGCAGGUUGAGACGAAUGACUACAUGUGGAUGUGUCAUGGUAUAGUUGUUCAUUCACUUGACUCUUAAUCCAAGGGUUGAGCUUUUAAAUCCAAGCCCAGUGCUUGCAUAUUUUGGCAAGACAUUAAUCCACAUUCACCAUUCUCCCUCCAGCUGGUGAAAGGGCACCUGGCAGAAUUUAUUCUUUGAAAUGCACUGUGCUGAUUACAGCUAGUAAAGCCAGGGUAUUAAUAUCUAAACUUCUUUGAAAGCAUUAUAUCAGGCCAAUGUUUCAUAACGUCAUAUGCGCUAAACAAGAACAGUUUAUUAUUAUUUAUUAUAACAUAAGUAACCAUCACGUCAUCAUCAUCAUCAUCAUCAUCGGUGAGGGUUGUUUUUCCCAUGCUGUGGGUUUGGACAUUUCAUUUCUCAUCACUCCUCCCAAGCCUUUCAGUCUUCAUCAUCUGCCAGGGUGCGGCCAGAAGAUGCUCUCAUACCUUCUUCUUCCAGCUUUUGCUAGGUCCAACCCAGAGUAUUGAGCCUGGCAACCUAGAAAUUAAUUAAUUAAUCCCUUGAAUAUAUGGACUUUUAAGCUAAAGUACUAAAAAAGACAUAAUUUGAAUUUAAAUUAAAAUAGAAUUAAUGUAAAGCUCAUGAAAUCAUAUGUGAAUGGAAUGAUACAUGUAUAAAUAAAACUUUCAGAUUACAACUUCCAGCCUGUUGUGUAAGUAAAAACAGUGUAACUU